CCGCAGGAAGGGAACCACUGUAGAAGCACCUGGGGUACAUUUUAUUCAUUGAUGGGUACAGGCAAAAACAUAGAUGAUGGGCUGUACGUUUUAACGUUUUCUUUAAGAGCAGCAUUUUUCACAUGAAUGCAUCAUAUAUCUGAUGAUGUACACCAAUAGGAAUAACAGGUUUACAAAACACUAGUGAUGGAGUACAUCAGAACGCCAAAGGUUGAGAAUGUUCGUCUUCUGGACAGGGUGUCCUCCAGGAAAGCACCAGUUGGAACUUUGUACCUGAAUGCCACGCAUGUCAUCUUUGUGGAAAAUGCGCCUGAAACUCGCAAAGAAACCUGGAUUCUUCACAGCCAGAUAUGUGCUGUAGAAAAGCGAUUAACUUCAGCAACAGGGUGCCCUCUUCUCAUUCGCUGCAAGAACUACCAGGUUAUUGAGUUUAUCAUCCUGCAGGAAAGGGACUGCCAUGACGUUUACAUCUCAUUAAUGCGCCUGUCACGUCCAGAGAAAUAUGAGGAGUUGUAUUGCUUCUCCUUCAAGCCCAAUAUGGAUAAGGAGGACAGAGAACAGGCCUGGAAUUGUAUUGACCUCAAGGCUGAAUAUAACCGAAUGGGAGUUCCAAAUCAACUCUGGCACGUCACCCAUGUAAACCGGGACUAUGGGGUUUGUGAUACUUACCCAACUGCACUUUAUGUACCAACAUCAGCAACUUCACCAGUCAUAAUGGGGAGUUCCAAAUUCAGAAGCAGAGGACGCUUCCCUACCCUGUCCUACUACAAUCAUGAUAAUCACCAGGCCUCAAUUUGCCGAAGCAGCCAGCCUUUGUCAGGCUUCAGUGCUCGCUGUCUGGAAGAUGAGCAGAUGCUGAAAGCUAUCACGAAGGCAAACCCAGGUAGUCAGUUCAUGUAUGUGGUGGACACCAGACCAAAGCUCAAUGCAAUGGCAAACAGAGCUGCAGGGAAGGGCUAUGAAAAUGAAGACAACUACUCCAACAUCAAGUUUCAGUUCAUCGGUAUAGAAAACAUCCAUGUGAUGAGGAAUAGCUUGCAGAAGAUGCUGGAAGUUUGUGAGCUGAAGUCUCUUUCCAUGGGUGAUUUUCUGUGGGGUCUUGAGAAUUCAGGCUGGCUGAAGCAUAUCAAAGCAAUCCUGGAUGCUGGCAUUUUUAUUGCAAAGGCAGUGGCAGAGGAGGCUGUCAGUGUUCUUGUGCACUGUUCUGAUGGCUGGGACAGGACAGCCCAGGUGUGCUCAGUAGCAAGUCUCCUGCUGGACCCCUACUACAGAACUCUGAAGGGAUUUAUGGUCCUUAUUGAGAAAGACUGGGUAUCAUUUGGUCACAAAUUCAACCACAGGUAUAGUCAUUUGGAUGGAGACCCAAAAGAGGUCUCUCCAGUAAUCGACCAGUUCAUAGAGUGUGUUUGGCAUCUAAUGGAGCAAUUCCCUUGUGCCUUUGAGUACAAUGAGAGGUUCUUGGUUCAUGUGCACAAUCACAUUUACUCCUGCCAGUACGGGAACUUCAUAUGCAACAGCCAGAAGGAGAGGCGUGAACAGAGAAACCGCGAGAGGACGCAUUCCCUGUGGGCCCACAUGUGGAAGAACCACACAGAUUACAUGAAUCCAUUGUGUGGACCAGACCACAGUCAGACCAAAGGAGUCCUGUGGCCUGAUAGUGCCCCCUACUGUUUCAAGUUUUGGAGGGGGAUGUAUAACCGCUUUGAGAAAGGACUGCACCCCAGACAGUCUGUGAUUGAUUUCCUAAUGGCUGUGAAGGAGGAGACGCAGCAGUUGGAGGAGGAUCUGGAGAUCCAUGAGGAGAAAAUAGCCAAGCUGGAAAAAUUGCAAGUAAAAAACAACACUAAGGCCAAACCAAGAAACAUAAACAAGCGCCUGGGUGUGUCCACUUCUGACAACAGCAUAGCCAACACACCUCAAGACUACACCGGCACUGCAGGCACCUUCCCCUCCCGCAGCCCCUCGCAGCUGGAUGAGAGCUCUGUGCUCAUCCUGACCAGGGACACCCUGAAGAGCUCCGACCCUGAGCUUGCCACCAACAGUGACCAGGAGUCAGGGGUGGCGGACCUCAGCUGCCACUCCCCCAGUGGGGAGGACAGUGCCGAUGCUGUCAACUCGGCUGCCUGAGCACAGACCGCUUCCCUGGUGCUUUGGUCUGAAAGCAAUGUGUAAAAAGGAACCAUUAUUAAUUUAUACUUGUUAGGGCCUGUUUUGGGCAGGUGUUACUUGAACAUAGAACAAAAGCUGCUGGUUGCUGGUACCGAGUUGAUCUUUUAUUAUGUCAAUGUUUUAAAGAGUACAGUGUUCCCUUUUAUCAUGGCUAUUGCUGAACACUUUUUAUUAAUCAUAUUGUUAAAAUCCAAAUUUAACAUUAAUCUGUUGGUUGGUAGUUUUAAUGUUCAAUUAAACCUGCAUUGUGAACAGUAAAUAUUUAUAAUCAUUUUAAAAGAAAAAAAGUCAAACAGUAGUUUUGGCUAAUGUGUGGUUGAAGCGAUACAAGAUUUUUCACGAUGCAAGCUGAACAGAAAAUGACGAUAUCCCGAUAUUAUGAUAAAUGAUCAUUUGGAUCUAGAACUGAUCGUUUAUUCUUUGAGGUCAUUGUAAAGAAAUGAACAGUUGUAUUAAUGUCAACAAUAACAGUAUAUAAUAGAAUUUCAAAUAAUUAUAUAUAUAUAUAUAUAUAA